AUGGGUACGGAUCAUAAGCGACGAUUGCCUGUUGAAUUUCCAGGUGACAGACGCGUCACAAAGCGGCUGCGAAGCCCUAACACGGGUGAAUCUUCGCAGUUGCAAUCCGAUGCGACAAAGAGAGAAAAGGCAAGCCUUCACGGCAGCAGUGUCCUGGCAGGUUUGGCCAGAAAAAGUGACCGUGAUGGGGUCGUUGAAACAGGACACGGCGACACCGAUACAAGCUCCUCAAGCUCCGAUCUCGAAGAUACUUCUGAAGAGAUAAGCAGCGUCGAUAAGGAUGAGACCAGCUCGACACGGGUAGGCGGGACCGACAAAGGCGACUCAUGCGAGGACGAUGACUUGAUCCAAGACCUACCUGUACCCAGAAAGCCACUUAUGUCUGUAUCUCAUGCAACGUCUGAUCUCCGCACGAGACUUUCAGCCUUCUUACCUCAGCUGCAGAAAGCAAAUGCGGAUCUAGAAAAUGCGACAGAAGCUUGCCUUAGACCUCUCGACGAGGUCGCCGAUGAUGAAGACCAUUACAUUGAGAUGAACCUCGGUCUUGGCGUUCUGAAAGAGAAAAGGCCACCCAGUGCGCAAGUAGAUGGUCUCAGGUUGGCAGAUGAGGACGGUACAAGCAGCAGUGAAGAUUCUGGUUCAGAUCCUACGGAGGCCAGGGGUAACGUGGUUGACCAGAGUGUCGAAAGCGCCGCCAUCACGAAUUUCAUAGGAGCGAAGCGGUCCGGGAGAGAAAGGCCGAGCAUUCAAGAUCUAACAGAUGGUUGCAAUGCGGACGGAUGA